AUGGACAUCACGCACCCAGAAGGCUCUGUCGAGCGCGAGGUCGAACGCAAACGCAUGGACUUCGUUUCUAAAAUUCUAAUGGUUGGAUCUGAUUUCCAGUCGACGCUUGGAAUAGCAUAUUUGGUCACUACGUUUGCACAGGUAACAAUCAUGGACACAUACCACUUGCACCUCGUAUUCGACAUCGCCAGCUUUGUCGGAGUAUCGAAUACAGCAGCUCUCGUUUGCUGGAGAUACUGCCGCGCUAAAAUCGACGAACCAGACAUGAAGCUUCAUCAUGAGCACAAUAUCCGUAUCAGCUGGUUUAAUAAUCGCUAUCGAGCCGUUUACAUUUUCGUCGCUUUGUACCUGGCCCUUACCAUUCUUCUUGGUAUCCGUCUCAAUGAAUGGGCACCCCAUCAGGAACCUGGCCGUUGCUAUUAUUCGACACUUGUCACAGAUCCAUCAGACUCACACCCCACCGCGGACAAGUACUAUGUGGGGUUCACCAGUGCCUGGCUCAUAAUUGUUGUCCUUGCGAGCGUUUUUGCUGGAGUUAAAAGAAGACGUACUAUUCUGGUGCUGUCAUCGCUCCACUACCCCUUGCACCUCUAUAUGACGAUUGCUCUUCGACAGGCAAAUCAAGGCAAACUUGAGGGAGAGACAAGUCAUGAGAAUGAGUGGGACUUUGGUCAGACGACAGCUGUGAUGCUUCUAGUGAUCACCCUUGUGGAGCUUCUUAAGAAAGGGAAAGAGUACUAUGAUUUUGAGAGCCAUGUGGCUAAGCAUGGAGUGCCCCCUAGUGCAAAUGACCUUGCAAUCCAAAGGGAUGAGGAGGCCAAUAGGAGCAGCUCUCUCCUUUUCAAGGGUUCUGGAGACAAGAACAUGGCCGAGGACAGGCGUUCUGCAAUGCAGGAGCACACUUCAAGUUGA